UUUCCUCAUCAAUUUCCAAGAAACAAAGAGAACUUUUCACCAUUGUUAUUCUCUUUUGAGUUUUUGACAAAUCAAAACAAAAAGAUAUGGAAACAACCCAAGCUUCAUAUAACAAUGGAGAUGAAGAAGAUUAUAUAGAUAUAGAGGUAAGUUCAUCAUCUUCAAACUUGUUAUUUUACCCUAUAACCUCACCACCAUCACCACAAUUUGAGUUUCAAACAUGUUCAUCAUUUUAUGGUGAAAUUGCUUCAACAACUUCACCAGCUGAUGAACUCUUUUAUAAGGGAAAGCUCCUUCCCCUUCAUCUUCCUCCUCGUCUGCAAAUGCUUCAAAGUUUACUUCAAACUGAAGAACAUUGCUCAUAUAUGGCUUCUUCUUCAUCAUCUGGUUUCAUUGGUAAUAACUUGAAGAAAUCUUGGUGUAGGAAACUUAAGCAAAUCAAACAGUCCACAAUAACACAAAAGCUUAAGUCUUUGUUUAAUAAAUCUGGGUGUUCAUAUGAAUGUUGUUGUGUUAAAGCAAGUGUGAAUACAAAUGGUAGCCACAGGAGGUCUUUUUCUGGUGUAAUUCAAAGGUAUUCUACACCAAUAAUGUCUUUAUCAACAUCAUCUUCUUCAUCAAGUUCUUCAUCAUCAUCAUCAUUUUCUUUCGGUUCGAGCGGAUUUGGAGAUUUGCAUUUGUUGAAACGAAGCAAUAGUUCGAAUUCAGAGGUCGAGAGUUCAAUACAAGGAGCCAUUGUUCAUUGUAAGAUGUCUCAAAAGCUUUCUAGUUCAAAAGAAAAAAAAAUGCAAAAUGAACUUUGGGGUUUGUAGCGAAGUUAAAUCAUUUUUUGGGGUUGAACUUAGAAUUUUUUCACAUUGGGGCUUAAAAAUUUUUUUUUGUUGAAGUUAAUCAUUGAAAAUCCUAAAGUUUGGGUCCAACUUUAGGACUUAACUUGAACAAAAAAAAAUUUAAUCGCCAAUGUUGAAAAAAAUUUGUCAAAUUCAAACCCUAAAUAAUGAUUUAACCUUUGCAAAGAAUUUGAAUAGGUAUUCCAUUUGUAGUGUCAUAUUGAACUUUCCUAUAUGAGAAAAUUUAUCAAAUUCAAACCCUAAAUAAUGAUUUAACUCUUUAGAGAAGAUUUAAAUAUUAUUUUUUGUAUUUCUUUGGAAGUGAGUGUGAUUUUGUAGGGUCAUAUUGAAGUUAUUUUGCUGAAAUAUUAGUAGAC